GUCAAGUUGCAUCUUCCAGCAGCGGGCGUGGUGUCCAACGCCUUGGACAUGGCCCGGUACAUGAAGUUCCACCUCAGCGGGGGGAGGGACACGGCCGGCCGCCUGGUGGUCCCGGAGGACACCUUACGACAGACCCAAACCGCGAGCGCCGUCAUGUCCUCGUACUGGGACAAAGUCGAACCGUACUGGCCGGUAGAAGCGUGGCUGACGCAGGGAUAUGGAAUGGGUCUGUCGACCGGUUCCUAUAGAGGCUACAGACGAGUUUAUCACCGUGGGUCUAUGGUGGGAUUCACAUCUCUGCUGUCCCUGUAUCCCUCCGCGUCAGGAGGCGUGUUCACCUCCAUGAACGGUCCAACCACAACGGCCGAUGAUAUCCAUGACGUCAUCCACUACCAGGUCGCAGAUAUUCUCACAGGAAAGGACCACUGGCUGAAUUCUACCACAGCCUGCACGUAUCCUGCACCCUGGUGGGCGACACGACAGACCAGGAGUACAGCCGUCCCUAAAAUCUCGUCCAACUUCCCGCGAGACAAACGUGACUACGAGGGUGUCUACGGCAACCACGCGACAGGCAACAUGACGAUAACCCUGAACACGACCGACAACAAGUUAUACUUCAGACUUGGUCUGAUCGGACGUGGUCUAAUUCUCCCUACCGAGUCUGCUAACCAAAUUCUCUUUCGGGCUGAAGAACCUUUAGAGUAUAUCCCCAAUAUUGUUGCCGACGUAGAAGUCAAGAAUGGCGAGAUAUUCUCUUUAUCACUAGAGAGCUAUCCUCCCGAACCGUCUGUUGUGUUCGAGCGAGGUCUGAAGCUGACAGACCCGGACCCUACAGAGCCGGAGUGGGACGACUGUACAGGUGUCUCAGGCUCUCCGGACCGCACAGCUUCGAGUAACACAUUUGCCUUCUUGCUCUUUUUGGCAUAUAUGUUUACUGUGUAAUCUUAUACCAUGUAUGAGA